CGAAGGAUGUGAGGCUGUCACGCGGCCCGCUCUCACUCUUGUUCUUGCCGAUUUUGCAGGACUUUCUCACUUCAAUUUUGCAUCUCUCCGUCUUGAUCUGUUUGUUUGUCGGGAGUUUGAGGGAAAUAGAGCGGAGAAAGGCGGGGAGAAUCCGGACAUGGCUUCGCAGCAGAAAAAUGUUGGAAUUCUCGCCAUGGAAAUCUACUUCCCUCCUACUUGUAUCCAGCAGGAAGUUUUGGAGGUCCAUGAUGAGGUAAGCAAAGGGAAAUACACAAUUGGACUUGGACAGGAUUGUAUGGCAUUCUGUACAGAAGUAGAAGAUGUCAUCUCCAUGAGUUUGACAGCCGUUACUUCCCUCCUUCAGAAGUAUAAAAUUGAUCCAAAACAAAUUGGCCGGCUUGAAGUUGGCAGUGAGACUGUUAUAGACAAGAGCAAGUCUAUUAAGACUUUCCUGAUGCAAGUAUUUGAGGAAAGUGGAAAUACUGACAUUGAAGGUGUGGACUCAACCAAUGCUUGCUAUGGAGGAACUGCAGCUCUACUCAACUGUGUCAAUUGGGUGGAAAGUAAUUCAUGGGAUGGACGCUAUGGACUUGUAGUGUGCACGGAUAGUGCGGUCUAUGCAAAGGGACCAGCUCGACCUACAGGUGGAGCAGCUGCUAUUGCCAUGCUUAUAGGGCCUGAUGCUCCUAUAGCAUUUGAAAGCAAAUUCAGGGCAAGUCAUAUGUCUCAUGCCUAUGAUUUUUACAAGCCCAACCUUGCAAGUGAAUAUCCGGUUGUCGAUGGGAAGCUUUCACAGACUUGCUAUCUCAUGGCUCUUGAUUCUUGCUACAAACGUUUCUGCCAUAAGUAUGAGAAACUGGAGGGCAAGCAAUUUUCAGUUGCUGAUGGUGAUUAUUUUGUGUUUCAUUCACCAUACAACAAGCUUGUUCAGAAAAGUUUUGCACGGUUAUUGUUCAAUGAUUACUUGAGGAAUGCAAGCUUUAUUGAUGCUGCUGCUAAAGAAAAGCUAGCUCCAUUUUCAACUCUAACUGGGGAUGAAAGCUACCAAAGCCGUGAUCUUGAGAAGGCAACCCAGCAAGCCGCAAAGCCAUUGUAUGAUGUGAAGGUCCAACCAACCACAUUGAUACCAAAGCAAGUUGGCAACAUGUACACUGCAUCUCUGUAUGCAGCGUUAGCUUCUCUUCUCCACAACAAGCACAACUCAUUGGCAGGACAGCGAGUGGUGAUGUUCUCAUAUGGUAGCGGUUUAACUGCCACUAUAUUUUCCUUCCAUCUUCGUGAUGGUCAACAUCCUUUUAGCUUGUCGAACAUUGUUUCUGUGAUGAAUGUUGAUAAGAAGUUGAAAUCGAGGCACGAGUUCCCUCCAGAAAAAUUUGUCGAAACAAUGAAGUUGAUGGAACAUAGGUAUGGGGCCAAGGACUUUGUGACCAGCAAGGACUGCAGCCUUCUAGCUCCAGGAACCUAUUAUCUGACGGAAGUUGACUCCAUGUACCGGAGGUUUUACGCGAAGAAAGCUGUCGGAGCCAUGACCGAGAACAGGUCACUGGCCAACGGUCACUGAAAAUAGGCGAAGAAAUGUAAUGCCAGAAGUUGGCACUCAAGGGUGGGCUUGGCGAUAUCUUUGAGGCACAUAGAGAGAAUAACUUUGGCUUCCUUGAGUAUGUUCGAUGUGUACCAAAUAGCUUGUUUUCUUAAACGCUUUGGCUGUUUAAUUUAUAUCAUUAUAUAUAUGCAAUAGAAUUCCCCCCUCUUCAAUGUUUAAGUACCGAUGCAAAGCAAAUUAAUUGUUAAUUGUAAUAAUCUUAUUGUUGUCGAGGUUUAAGUGAAAUAUAAUUCAGGUGCAAUUAUUCAGUA